AUGGGCGAUCAAGAGCCAUUACACAUGAGCACAGACGGCCAAGAAGAUUCUCAGACAGAGUUUGACAUUCCCCAUUGGUUGAGCUUCAUUGUUCUGUUUUCCUCGAGUUUAUCGUUUUUCUUCUCACUGGUCUCCAACUCUAACCCGUUCUUGACAAGCAACACUGGGUAUGCGCACGGAGGUGAUAUGUACUCGCAUCAAGUCGAAGCACUUUACUUGAAAGAACUUCUUCAAAGUGGAACUACCGAUCUUUGGUUCGAUGAAUUAACAUUGGGCUACCCUUUCUUUCUUGCCUAUCACCCUCUUCCGUGUCUGCUUAAUGCCAGUCUCAUGAUCUUAGCAGAAUCGUAAGUAAAAUUCUGUUUUAAUUCAAUCCGUCAUGUGGAGAGUUUCAGGGGGCGAGUGGGUUAACAACAGCGAAAAAAAAAUCCUUGAAAAAGGAAAAGACGAUAGAUUAAAAUCAGUGAUAUUCAUUUACUGAUCUUGCAAGUUGCAAGGGAUGACAAAACAAUUUUAUUGUCCAAAAAUCAAAGUCUUUCCUUCAAGUUUUUGUGCGCAGAAGAUUUCGUCCAUUUUAUAAAUUUACAAAAAUUCUUAUUCAGUGUUACGUAACUAAUGUAACUUACGUAACUUUAACUUAAAUUAAGUUGUUCCCUUGACCGGUAACACUCACUUAGACUUUCUCCUGACGUCUGAAUAAAAAGGCGCAGAAUGUUUGUAUAAAGAGACUGUAUAACGUCAAUUAUUAAACCGCAAACCAACAGUGGAACCUUCUUUUGUCCUCUGAAAUGGUGAGAGUGGUUCAAGGUCACUUGUUAAAAAUCCUGACAGUCAAAUUUACUUUAUGUUUUGAAAAACACAGGGAUGUUUUUCUUCAAAUUUUACUUUGGAAAUCUUCCUGUUAGGCUUAAUUCCUUUGAAACAAUUAUCACUUGAUCUGUGCAGUGGCAAUGCCAUGCACGUGGGAAGAUUUGCAGUCAGUUAAAAAGCCUAGUAAGGAUAAUCUGCGCGUGAAGAAUUCAUGAGCGUGGUAAAAUGUAUCGCACCUUGGAUAGAAAGGCCGUGUGUUUAGCUUAUGAGGAAGUGAAAAUUAGUUCCGUGACAAACAACUUUGCACUGGGGACGCAAAGCUGUUAUUGUUUCCAAAGUUAACAGUUUAUUUUGUUUAAUGACUGGAGGGGUUCAUAUCAGCUUAAAAUUGUGUUUGAAGAUUAAAGAAAACUACUCAAAAAUACUAGUUUUGAAAGAAUUCCACGAUAGCUUGAAAUAAUCACGUAUUGGGGUAUAUGGGUCGAAGAAAUUAAACUAUUCUGAUGAUCGCAAUAUCUGUAUAUCUAAUUUGUUGAGCAAAAGCUUUAUUUGUUUGAAUUUUUGGAACCCCUUAAAUUAAAAGACCUCUUACACUGGCAAGAACCCCGUUAAUUAAAAGGCCGCUUACACUGGCAAGGGCCAUGAUUAGUUACAUACAAGACAUUUCAGAAAACAGUGGCACUUAUUGUUGCUUGUCUUCGUUCUCAGACUUUAGCCAGGCCAUUUUAAUUUUGGUCGGUUUCUGUUUUCAGGUGGUCCAACUUGUUUGUCAUGAUUUUUGACUUUGUAAAAUACUAACGUCAGCUGCGCUUUUAUGUGAGGUUUGCCUGUAUUCAAAGCAGGUUGAAACAAAAGUAAAUGUAGGAAAAUCAACUUGUGCAAAUUGGGUAAAAUGUUACCUCAGUGGGUUACAUCGCUAGUGGACUCGUGCAGAGUAAGCCCAGAAUAAAGUUUUUAUGCUAUAAUAAAUAUUUUAUCUACUAAACAAGGGGUGCAAACUUUGGGCAACUCACCCAGUAUAGUCCAAUGGAAGUCAAUUUCAAGUGGUCCCUAAUUGCUCGUGCUAAUCUAUAACAGAAGCUUGAUAAUUCCCGUAACACUCCACUGUAAAUGUAAGCUGUGUGCUGCUGAUACUAGUCAAACCAUGGUCGCAUCCUUGAAGUCCAAACGUGUGCACACCGUUAAAACUGUUUAACAGUUACUAAUGAUUUCCACCGUUCUUGUUAUUAUCCAUCAUUUUCUAGUAAACUUGAACUACGUAGUGGGGUUUUAAUUUUUAACUACCACAUAGUUACAAUUUAGAAAUUAAAUACAAGGAAGGACAUAGACUUUCGUGUUCUAGUUUGACGUUGAAUGUUCUGUAUCGGCAAUAACUGUAAACGUUGAUAUUGCGUUUAAUCUGUACGUCUCUUUGGCACUGAGAGGUCAAGCUAAACGAAAAGCUGAUUGUUUUAAAACGAUUUAAUGCCUUGAAAAAAAAAAAAAAACUUAGGUAAAAAUCAAUUGACAUAGCGCUUGAUGGUUUUCUGAACUGAGGUCUUCACAAACUGCAUGUGCCUCCAUCUUUGACCAUCUUUAGUUAUGCCGGAUUUAAUAUGGUAUUUACGGACAUACGUGCUACUUCAGGUGACGGAACAAAGGUUCGUUCUUAAUCUGGAUCGUUACUAGAACUAUAAACCAAUGCUAGUGUGAAAGAAUUUAAUGCCAGACGCAAGCAGCACUUUCAUUGUAAAACUGUCAAAGCAAAUCAAAAGAAACUCAAAUUGAAGCCCUUUUUUACUUGAUUUUUUUGACUCGAGUAUGGAGAGCAUAAUGCCCACGCGAAGCAAUGAAAAACGUUCGUGUAAGGUCAUCGGCGGUUCAAAAUUAAAAUUCCUAAUAAAACAGUCACCCUAUUUUCAACCUGGAUCUCAAGUGAAAUUUUGGGAGCUUUCAACAUAAAGUACAAUGAAGUGAUGAUACCGUGACUGUUUUUCUGUGAAAUAGACGAGUAACAUAAACCUACAAAUUGCUUACAGAGAAACAUAUAUACUAGAUCUGAAAUUUGUAGUAAUUAAUUACCGUCAUAUAAGAAUUCUUUAACCCUUUUUUAUACUAUAAACUGCGUUACAUUCGACCACUAAGGUAUGUAGAUUUUUCCAAUACCUAAACCAAAAAGUGUUUUUGAGAAUUAACGUCGGUUCGACAGUCGAACUUUCAACGCUUUUAACGAUGGCUCUGUCCUAUUUCCCUUUUGUUAAAGGACAUGUAAUCUUCAAGGUUUGCAGCAAAGUCACUUUUGAUAAAUUUAAAUAGUUGAGCAAAACCGAGGGAAUCUUUACUUAGAUAUGAAGUUGGAAAAUUAAGAGUUUUUAGCCGAUUCUCAAAUGAAGUUUCAUUCCCCUCGAUCCGUCUAGAUGUAUUACGUUGGACAUGACCUAAUUUGUGGGAAACAUGCUUGUUGCGGGUUUCAAACAGGACAAGCGUGCUCUAGUAUUUCAUUAUGGACGCACCAGAAAUUUGUGAUCGUGUACAAAAGGCUUUCAUAGAACACUUCCCAUGCAAACGUGUGCUUAGUUAUGCCCAUUAACUGACCUAUUUCAGCUGGCGACGAUUGAUAAAACAUGGGAUCUCCACAAAAGAUCAUCUAAGAGUCGAAGAACUCUAAGAUGUUUGCUUCCUUGCGCCGGCGGUCAAUAAAUCCCUUGCGGUUUAUAUUUUAUCACCCGCGCUCGACGGACUUUGAAGAGAAAAUAGAGGGUCUGUGAACAGGCUACUCUCAUAUACCAUACACUAGUAUUUGUUGUCCGGUGUUAGUUCUUAACAGCCAUAUGCAACAAUAAUCUGCGAUUCGUCGGAGGCUUUCUUGAACAGUAUCAUGCAGGUAUUGUGAAGGGAGGAACACGAUAGACUACUUGAGUAUAGUAAGCACAGGUUUCGGUAGGACUUGAUAGACGGUUAAUAUCUAUACAAGAUAACAAAAAGCGUGCCUAGUAUGCGUCCUUGUGGAACUCCAGACAAGACUGUUGCCCUUCAAUUAGAUAGACAUCCCUCUAUUACAAGACGUUGAAAAUGACUAAUACCGAGGUAAUUAGUCAACAGCGAGGGAGGAGAACCGAUUAUGCCACUCUUUUUAACUUUAGAUCGACGUGGUUGUGUAAACUGAAUCGAAAGCUUGGUCGAAGUAUAUCGAAGAAGUACUGCAUCAGCAGUUUGUCUUUCGACUAGAGCCCUUAUCUCACAAGUGCAAAAGAUGGAUUAGCCGUUGCGAUGUGUAGGAGUAGCGAGGACGCCAAGCCAGUGUGACUGAAAUGAGUUGAGUCCUAUGAACGCAGAAAUUGAUUGACGUUGUCGAACUUUACUUGGGAUUUUACCAAAAGACCUGUCAGAGAGAUUGAGUGAUAGUUAAAGACUUGUUCCUUUUCGCUUUUUCCAGAAACGGGAAUGUUCUAUGUGAGAAGAUUGAAAUGGGUAAAAAUUUUGCCAGAGAUACAUACAUUGCUGCAGUCUCGUCGCGAAGAGAUAUCGGCUGAUAUGCCACGGGACCAUGGGCUCCCAGUCCACAAAUGUUUAAACCACUGAGCAAUUUGUCUACACCUUUAGAACGAACCAGGACUAGAGGCGACUUGAUGUCUGUAAGGUUGGAGUCCAUCUUAAUGAAACUUUUGUGACGAACUUGUUGAAUAGCUUUGAAGCCUUGUGGAAGCCGCAGUUACUUUUUGGGCGCUGUUGAGCGACUUUUCGUGUUGUCUGAAUCUUGACUUUGUCUUUGAGUUUGAGAAUUUGUCACGAACCAAAAUGCUUUUGUGUUCUUACAUAUCAGUCAUUGACUGAGCUUGUUUUAUGCUGUAGCUUUUCGUGAGCUCGUAUUUUGCUUUGUUUCUAUUCAAGUUGAACUCGCGAGUUUUCAGUCGCCUAUGUUUGUUCAUUGGCAAAUUUGAAAUAAGUUGAAUUUCCACUAAACUGUCAAGGGAACGUAAAUAAGAAUGAGUUGGAAGCAGAACUAAAAGUAAAUUAGCAUCUAUUUGUUGCUUGCAUGAUAGGUAGGUACUCUGUUUGUUAUAUUGUAGUAGCCCAAUGGCUUAAUUGUGAAAAGCGUUACGUAAGUUAGGAUAUCGAGACAAUUUUCUGACAGGAAAAACACACACUAGGCCAUUGUAAAAGGACAAAAAUUGAAAUAUGUGGUGGCUAAAACUUUCAGUUGCAAAUUUCUAUAUAUAUCACUGUUCUUUAGUUUGUCUUGCUUUCAGGGACUUUGAAUUUAUGCUUAGUCCAUAGUUUUUAGCGGAACAUUCGUUUCGUUGAAGCAUUAAGUGGUGCGUUUGUUACUUGAAAAGUGUUGUGUUUGAUGAUAGACCUCCGUCUGACAUUUAAAAACCAACUUUAAUUCUUGAUUUUUUGUAUUAUUAUAGUUGUUGUACAGCAAUUAGUAGAUAAGGAAUACUGCUGAAUGUCGUAAUCAGGAAAAAAGGGGGUAAAAAUUGCAAUUCCCCAACCGAAAUUUAACCUCUAAUCUUUUAGAUUUUUUGACUAUUUUUGUGAAAUCGCAGCAUUCCAGCUGGUGAAUAAGAAAGGUCACCAGUUUUAUUCCCGCUCCUGACUCAGGAUUUCCUUCUUUUCUUUUAAGAGCUCGACUUUGACCGUACUAUUCUUGAUUUAUUGAGGCUAAAAUAGACUUUGCAUCAGAAGAGUCUUAUAUUCAGGGUCGCAUACCUGUUUAACAGCCUAUGGUUUCCUCCUUUCUUGUCGCGGUUAACCUUUAUUUUCGAGUAAACUUCAACUACGUAGACUCUUGCAGUGCUCCAAACUCAUCUUUUACAAAUGAAGUCGCCUCUUGGCGACCUGAAAUUAUGCACUAGUAGUCAGAAUGCAAUAUUACAUGAAGGUUCUGAAAUAUUUUACAUGGCUGCCAAGAAUUGUAGAUAUCGCAAUGGGAUUUGGAGUUGCACACGACAUUUCAAGGUAGGCUUCAUAUCUUUUCGACAACCAGGGUGAAAGAGGAGAUUUAUGGAGAAAACAGCGAGUAAAUAAUAUUUCGUGCAAAUUUCUAGCUUACUUUCACUUUAGAACGAUCAUAAACAUUAACUAAUUCACUACAGCUUGGCACAUGACCGCCGAGCACAGGUCGCCGAAGUGGUGAAUUUUACUGCAGUUUUAGUUAUUAACUUGCCAUUACAAUUUUCGCGUUCUAGUUUAAAGACGAAUUUUCUCACACAGAAAUAGAUAUGAACUUUUAUAAUAUUGCGUGUAAUCUGUACGUUUCUUUGGUGGGAAUGAGUGGUCUGCAAACUAAGCGACAAGUUGACUGUUUUGAAACGAAAUAAUACUUUGUUAUUGUAAAAAGGUUAACCUUGGCUUAAAAUCACUUGAAAUAGCGCUUAAUGGUUUUCUGAACUGCAGUCUUCACAAGCUACAUGGGCUUCCAUGUUUGACCAUGUUUACUUUUUCCGGAUUUAAUAUGGAUUGAGAUACGUUGUACUGAUGUAGCGAACAAACGCUCAGUGUUUUACUGAUCUCAACUAGAACUUUGAACUGAUGCUUGUGAAAGAAUUUAAUGAUCGUAGAAGUAGUUUAAUCUAUAGAGACUCCAGACGGAAGCCCCUUUCUUGUGUCGUGAGAAACCUCCAUUUUUUCUUCCUUGACGUACUUGAAUUUCGAUGCAAAGUGAAUACGUGCUUCUAAGGUCAAAAGUGGCUUAAAUUUGAAAUUCUUGUUACGGUAUUUAACAUAACAAUCGCUUAUUUUCAAACUGGAUCUCAACUGAAAAUCAGAAGUUUUGAACUUAAAUACGUAUGAAAGCGUUUAAUGUACUACAAAACACUUUUAUUGUAAACUUAUCGAUUAAAGCAAAUCUAUAGAAACUUAUCAAAAACCUCUCUUUAAGAUCGGGCUUGUCGUGAGAAACCGCCUUGUUUUCCUUCUAAAUUGCAGUUUAACAUCCACGCGAAGGAAUGUAUGAUUAUUUGCGUGUGAGGUCAUCAGCGGCUUGCGGGUGGAAUUCUUUGAUACGUAACUGCUUCCGUUUUGGUUUUCGCGCCUAAAACGGGCGAUUUCGGUGGCAACGUUCGGGCAACUUGCCACGUUGCAAAACUAUGAAAAUUCUUAACCUCCGUUUUGGGACAUAAUUCGUCGUCUUAAUUGUUAAGAGAAGUAGAACUCAGCCGGGGUUUCUACUUAAGGCACUGUUUUUCGUCCAAUUUUUUUUUCCUUUUGGAUGACGAGCUACACUUUUUUUUUCUAGCUUGAGGAACUUAUCCUAUAAGAAAGACAACAAACUUACCUAUACCACAGAUACCAGAGCUCCAAAUAAUUUAUCUUUCUUGAAAGGACAGAUGUCCGGCUAAGUCACCAUUUGGGUCAGACGAAACAAAAAUAUGUCGAACUCAAUCAACAGAUUGCGCGUCUUUAACGAAAACUGUGAAUGAAAGGCUUGGUUAUUCCGCAAAGUAGGGAACAGAAGUGAUGACGUCACAAAAGCUAAUUUUGUGAAAUUAUGGGAUAGGUUGGCAUGUCCAGAAAGAACAAGAUGAGAAAUGUUCACUUGCCAAAAAUCAGCCUGUCAGUCAGGAAAUUGGCGGAGAGAUUUAAGCAUUGUUAUGCUCCAAUGACUACACUGGAGUCAUAGCAUAAAGGUACUUAUAUGUCCCCGCCAAUUUGCACAAGAUGGCUGAUUUUUAGCAAGGGGGGUGUUUUCACCUAGUUCUUUCUAAAUAUGCUAUCCAGUCUCAUAAUUUCACAAAUUUGAAUUUUUGGGACGUCACACUUCUCUUCUCUAUGGUAGUCUUUGAUAUUAACUUUCUCAGGACCAUAGUUAUGAUUUCGUGAGGCAUGGGCCAGUUUUAGUUAAGCAUUAUCCGAUGAAGGACACCGACUGUUAUUUUCAGCCCUGUAAAAUCCUGCCCAAGGAAACUACAUUAUGGAACAUGUAUACAAAUCAAAUAAAUGAUGCCAAGUUAAUACAUGUUUCAGUAACUUGAAAUGGGAGAGGGAACUUCGUGGUCGCGUGAACGACUUAUUUUCGGAGGUCACAAACAGAUAACCUUUAUUGGCGAAAAGUAAAUAUUUUUUAACUCGAGACUUGAAAACGUCAGGGCAAGCCUUCCUCUUAGAUGCGGCUACAAAACGUAUUUUAAGAGUUAAAACUCUUUAAAAUGUGAAACCUAGAGCAAAUUUUUAAGGCGGAAUUGAGUAAAAUAAUCGAGAAAAAGUGCUAAGUGUGAGAUAUUUGGCUAUACUUUUGCGUCACCACCUUCAUCAUUUUCGCCCGAACGACUGUCAAGCAUACGAUAACUGAGAUACUUGCUCCUCUUUCUGAAGGUUUAUCUCGCCUUUGCUAAUGUUCCGUUGGAUGUUUGUUCUUCUUCUGUCAUUGAUGCCCUGGUCGUGGUUCAUUGGUCUGCGUAAAUUAAGGAUGACCCGUCUCGAGGCGACGUUAGCAGCCCUCUUUGUGCAUUCAAUUCACAGCUGGCGUAAGUUUGGUUUGGAGUUGGAAGCAUUUCACGAGUAUGGUCUCUUUACUCAAGCUUACGGAAUGGCCAUACUUCCUCUCGCAGGUAAUCUUUUAAUCUCCUUGAUCUUUUUCAUUGUAUUGAGAGUACAGUCAACUCUCUGUGGCCGUCUAACCCAGCUACCCUUUUCGUAACCUAAAGUUAACACUAACGUCUUACUUAGGGCAAACGUUUGGGUUAGGGGAGGGCUAGGUAGAAGCAGUUUCCAGAAUCUCAUUCAAAGCCUCUGCCUUAUACAGAGUUAACGAAAAGGACAGCAGGGACCAGCUCUAGGUGUCUGUUAAGAGAGAGUUGUCAGUAGGCCUCCCUUCCCCAAAUCAAGAAAAUGCAAAACGGCGUGUCUUGGCCUUCGCACUGACCUUCAUCCUUCUCGCCGAUGUUGCACAUUAGACUGGUGCGCAAAUUGAGAACCCCCUUUCCCCCACUUCAAGGGUGGGAACAUGGCGUUUUUGCCUUCGUAUGGCUUCUUCCUACUUGCCGAUUGUGAACGCUAGAUCCUUGCGUAAAUUUAGACCUCCCCUCUUUCCAAAAUCAAGGAGAGCUUUUUUAAAAUGUUUUCAAGUUGUGUCCUGUAGACGACUAGAAUUCGCUCUUGAAUAAGAACUGUAUAUUAUGCUGUCCAUGUACUCCGCGUUAAGUACGCGAAGAAAGCGCAGGAAAACGAACUAGUUUGAGCUUUUAACUCUGAAUGGUUGGGGAAGUGACGCGAAUAAGCCAAUAAUUAGCAAUAAUUGGACGCGGCUGAGCAAAAUAUCGUGAUUUGCCAGUGGCGAGCUAAGGCAAAUAAUUGAUCUGCGAUCACCAAAUUUGUUUUUUAAUGAAUAUUUUCGGGAAAUAAGCGAAGCGAUCUGCCAUUUUUCACGCAAGAGUGAUUGCAAGAAGGACGAAAGCGUGGUUUCGUUUACUCAUGCAGAAGCCAAACACAGUUGGACGACAUUGCGCAUGAGCAGACCAUUAUUUGUAGGUAGUUAUUUGCAGCUAGGUCACGUCGUGGACUUUCGGCUAAUGAAAAGGACCAAUCGAAUGAUAAUAACAGUAAGGAUCUAUUCAAUUACAAGACGAAGAAAAAAGAAUAAACGUGUCAUACAGCCAAGUAAGGAUUUAAGAGUGUAAGUGACGGCUUGCUGUAGUUCUCUCUUGAUUGCUUGGCUGAGUUAGAGGUUUUGACCUUGUUUCUUUACUACUUACGAAAAGUUUUCGAAAAAUCCGGUUAGAAAGUAAACGGAACAUGACUUUUCGGGUCGUUUCGGUGUAAAACGUCUGGGAGUAACGGAACUUCUAAAAAGGUAGUCCUGUUUUCCCGGUUGGAAUGUUCCAAACGGAAAUCCGUGUUCCAUUUCCUCAAAGCCCAUCUUUGAUACCAGUUUCAGCCUUUCGCGGCCGUUUUUUCGGUAAAUGUAACUGAUUAGUGCAAAUGGCAAACACAAUUCCGGGAUCAAAUUUCAGGUCUUGAAUUUUGAUUAACAUUUGCCCAAAACGUGAACCAACCGUUUUGCCCAUGUAAAUGGUAUACAGACAGAAAGAAAAUACAAAUAUUGCAGGCCACCUUCGUAGGUGCAGCUUUAAAACGCUCUAAGUGUUUACAUAUGAGACAUAGAACUAGUCUUUUGGGCAAAUGUGAGUUAUUUGGCUAAAGGUUUGAAAGGCCCAUGUUUGAAAAGAUAAGGAGAGAACCGAUAUGGAGGUUCUUAACUCUUUAAACCCUAAGAUCAAAAGGUGAAUUCUCAUUUGUUGCCCCUAUUCAUAUCCUACAGAAGUAGUGGGGGGAAAUUGAUAAAAUAUCAAGUAAAUUCAUCUUGUGUGAUCAUGUCCGUAAUUCUCAUGACCACUCUGUUUUACAAAGCAUUGAUAUUAUAAGAAGAAGUUUUAUGCUGAUCACUCUUAGGGCUUAAAGGGUUAAAUUGGGUAUCGUUGAGUAUUGUGAGUAGUAAACAAAGGAAAUAAAUGUACUUAACUUGUAGCCAUUGGUUUGUUUAUUGGGUGUCUUCCCGCAUCUGAUAUAUGCAUUUAAAUCCUCAUAUGCAUCCGGUUUUUUCCCAUGGCUCGGCGCAGUUGUCUCGGUACUGUUUUUCCCUGCAAAGCAUUAAUUCUUAACAUUAUUUUCAUACUGUUUGUUUCUCUUCAGUUGGAUUUUUGUAUCAAUAUGUACUCUACAACAGUGGUUCAAGAAGCGGUACGAUCCUUCUCAUCGUCUUCAACUUCACCGCGAAUGCAUUCUUUGGUGUCUACCUCGGCAUUGUUACUGGAGUUACUCUGCUAAUAGGCGUGCUUUCAAACACUAACCCACUGAGAAAAAAGCUCUUCUCGCCUUCAAUCUGGCGAGCUUUUUACGUGCAUUUUCUAAGCGUCGCAUUGCUCUCUUGGUGGAUAAUUCCGUUACUUAAUAACUUUGACUACGUGGGCGGGCUUCCGUGGAAGAGUGAAAAUGAGCAUGGCCACAGUUUUGAGUUUGUCCUCAGAAGUCUUUUGUCCGGCGAUUUGUUUGACCACGAAAGGAAAAUUCCAUUUAUCACCUUGGGAUUUUUUGCGGGGUUUGCUUGUGUUUGUUCCACGCAACUUAAAGACAUUGGUCACCUCACAAAACGGCAAACACUUUUGAUUUGGCUUGUGUUAUUAUUUUCUGUCACCAUCUUUUUGUUUCUUGGCAGAACAUUUUCUGGGCCGUUAUACAACUUGAUUCCUUUUCACAAAGAGCUCGAAGUUUUUCGCUACAUAAUUGGACUCCAAUUUUGCGGAUUAUUGCUCAUGGCCGUGACAUUAGCUCGCAUUCUUUACUUUCUUUGCGCGUCUUUGUGUAGAAUAUCAAAGGCAUAUUUUCAAAGCAAAAAUAUCUUGAUUGUUCUUAUGUUAGUAUUUCCGCCUAUUUAUCUCAGUUCUCAGCUUCAAUAUAUCAAUGCACGUUUCUCCAUGAUUGAGAUUGAAGGGUUUUCUGACGGACUGGAGAAACUGAAGGCUUACCCGAAAAACGGACGCUUGCUUGCAUCGAAAGUUUUAGGUGAGUUCACUUUCUUGGCAAGUUGUUUCGCAAAGAGAAUCUCUUAUAAGAGGGUCCGAAAAAACUGGACUAGUGACACAUUUGCAGCCUCCCGCGAAGGAAAGACGCCGUGAGAUUCUAGUUAUGGAAAUGGCACCUUAAUGCCCGGCGUCGACUUGGGUGCCGUUUGUCUUCACCACUCCCAUAUUCCUUCUGGACGUUAAUCUUUUCCGCUUGAAACAUAUUUUUAUAGGCGAAGUUCGCCUUUAGUCACAAAACUCAUCUAGAGGGCCCACGUCGAAAAUAUUAUUUAUUUAAAAAAAUACAUUAAAUAGUGGUUUGUCAAAAAGGGCAGUAAAAAAAAGAAGAUAAAAGGAGUGCAAACGGGUGUAACGCACGUUUUUCUGUAAAAUAUUAUUCAGAUAUAAAAGACUGGAUAUGAAGAGAUAAAAUGAUUGUCAAUAAGAGAUACUUCAACAGUAACAUCUGUCUCGACUGAAUAAAACAGCCUGCAGUCUACAGAAUCAGGGUAUAUUGGCAUUUUACUACUGCUAGAGUGGUUGUUUGCAAACAAAUCCGCGUCAAUAUUUGUCUUUUUGACCUAUGCUUAUUUACUGUGUACACAGAGAGUCAACUUAACUAAUCAGAACUAAAGGCAAAUGUAUGUAGCCAGGGCGAGGCGUGCGAAAAAAUGUCUAUGUAAGUCACAUGUGGUAAAAUAGUGAAUGGUGCCACUGGCAUCCAAAGCGCAAAGCGGCAAGUAGGAAAAGGGAGCGCUUCGCCCAGUAGCCAGUCAGCGUUGAGUAUUUGCAACUCGUGACCGAUUUAAUUCAAUCAGCGCUUGAGAACAUUCUAGUGCCGUCAGUGACUUAUACCAUAUUAGUCACUCUAGCGUCACCGAAAUUUUCUCGCACUUUCAUUGGGCGAAAUCGUUCACGUGCUCCAAAUACUCAAUGCUGAUUGGCUCCUGGGCGAAGUGGCCCCUUUUCUUCUCAGGCAGACACAACAGGAAGUUUUCCAAGACAAACGAGACUUGCUCGUGUCAAUUAAAAGCUUCAAACUGGGUUAAACGCUUUACUCUCUUUGUUUGUUUGUUCUUUACAGGGUUAAGUGGCGCUUGGGACUUGUCUCUUAUACCUCACCUCAGCAAAAAGCCUGGUAAAGUCGAAGAAUUGUUAUUUCUUUUGCAGUAAUGUUUGUAAACGCUUUUUUCCUGGAGUCCGACCGUGAAUUUUUUGUUUGUUGUAGCUUGAAUUUGAUAAGUCUUUGAAUAAAGGCUGCUGAAGAUUUCUCUCUUUAGGUGAUCAUUACCGCGUCUGUACAAGGUGUUUCUAACUUAUUAGUCAGCGAAUAAAUGUCUGAACGGUUUAGGCGAAUCUUUGAAGACGUCAUUGUUUACAUUUUUGCUCAUUAACAUACGUAUUUAACCCAUAGAAAGCGUGACCGUAUGCACAAAUAUAAUUCAAAAGUUGAAAGAGUUAAUUUAAGCAAUUUCUGCAAUUUUCAACCUUUUGCAAGCAAUAGCAAAGGAAGUAACCGCAAUCGAAAACUGCGAAAUUGCCGGGUGGCAAAAACGUUAAUGAGCCCAUACAUUGUUUGUUUUUAUUUUCGAGGUUUUCAGAGAUACUUUCUCCGAGAGUUCUUUCAAUAUUCAGAGAGAUUGUUUUAAUAGCUUGAUCAGAGAAUGAAAGGGCAUGACAUAUUAAUAAGUCAAAAAACAAAGAUUCGCCUAUAACAAUGUACAAUGAGGCUCUUAACUGUGAGUCUGUGGUUGAAAACCUGCCGUCUGGGAACUGUUUUUUUUUUUUUAAGCAUUUUAUUACACAAGGUGAUUUUAUUUUUUAUUCUGGAGUUGAAAUCUUGCAAAUCAAAACUACGCAGUAGCAAUUCUAUGCAUAUUAGUGAUGAUGAUUGUUCUGUUCUCAACAAAACAAACUACUGAUGACAAAACUCGCUACGCUACACAUCCGGAGCUUUAACUCGCCUUAUUAUAUGGCUCAGCGGGCAACAUGAAGCGAAUGCUGCCUCCUGAUUGGUUACCCGAGCGGGAACUAUGAGCCUAUCUUGCCCACACGAGAUCUUCCACUUCAAAUGCGCGGGAAAAACGUACUCCUUACUCCUAGCUAUAUAACAAAUCCAUAUUCAUGUAAUAUAUCUUAUAUGUUCGGAUGCCUUAGGGGAACUAUGGUCGUCUCGAUAGUUUGGCCAAGUGGCUAUCUCGUCUCAUUCGAAACUGUUAACUACCCUGAUGGGUUCGGUCGAAAGUUCGAGGGCAUUCAGCAGCAGGGGGAGUUUUUUCUUACACUGAAAUUUUCAGGAGAAGUAAACGAAAUAUCUUGAUAAAAUGUCAAAAACACAACCUCCGAAAAUCGUUGGUAAGUUACUAUAAGUUAAAAAGCUCCGAAAGAAUUGGAAGAGCGGAACUAUUAUCCAGACUUUAUUAGCCUUUCUCGAGCUUUAAUAAUUUCUCGGCAAUAUUCAGAAUAUUUGCUCCUUGGAACGGUUAUUUUAUAGAAAAAAUUCAUUGGGUGCCCCUGACCCAUAUUUGUGGCAUAAACUUUCUUUUUUUUCAAUGUCAAUUGUCGUAUUGCACGUCUAAAAGCUAAAUGCAAAUUUUUCUAUGCAACGCCCGCAAUGUACACAGUUGUUAAAAGUACGGCCAUUUUAGGAAUUGAAUUCCUCGGGAGACCUUCAGAGACUCGUAACAGCUGUGCCCAAUGUAUUUUGGCAUAGUAGAAAGCCUAGUUUACCCAUUUCAUGGGCGUAUUUAGGGGUGGUGACCCGAGGGGGGUCGCGUCCGCCAUUUUCUUUAGAAUUUUGUAUUAUUUUUAAAAAUAAUUCUCAGGAAAAUAAAUAUUACCUACAUACAUGUAGCUGGCAAUUGUUCCGACCCACCCUCUCUUUUUGGGUGUAUGCCCCUGGGUCUUGUCUUUGUCUUGUCAGGCUUCACAUUCGUUCAUGUGGAUUUACAUCUAAAGGUACCGAAGGGAAAAAGGCAUUUUAGCCCAGCAUAUUUAAGAGCAUAUUGAACUUUUAGCAUAACUUUGAGCGUAUCAGUACCUUCGUCAGUGAUCCCGAAAAACAUAAUGAUCGAGUUUUCCAGCAUAAGCCGUGAGACCCCUCCAUUGAGUUUUGAUAUUUCAAUCAUUUUUAAUCGCUAAAUUUCUUGUGACUAUCUAUCGUUACCUAGCUCCAACUUAAACCCCCGGAAUCUAAAGUCUGUCCGAACAUAUUUUCGGGACGUUUUUAAUUUAUUGUCUCCUACUGAAUUUCUGGGUGUAGGCACUAACUACGAUGAUUAUUUUGGGGUAUUAUCCAGUGGCGGAUCUAGGGGAGGCCCGCCCCCAACCCACCUUAUUUUUAGACCAAAUGGAGACCGCCCCCGCUUUAUCUCAGGGUCUGGAUGACCGCCCCCCCCUUAUCUAAAAGUCUGGAUCCGCCACUGGUAUCUAUUCAUUAAGCCUUUGACUCCCAAUAUUCUCCCAGAAUGAAUGAUGGCGUCCUGCAAUGUGGUUUUAAAUUUUGAGUCUGUGGACAAAAUUGAAUGGUGUGACCAUUCACGUGAAACCUCUUCAGCAAUAGUUCUAUUUGUUUUUCAUCACUUCACAGAAAUGGAAUUUUGACUAAAACAAUGGUUCUUAAAAACUCCCUUCCUACCAACCGACGGUUGUCUAUUGCCAUUUGUUUUUAGGGAUUGUGACCUAUUCAAGAGGCUAUCACGAUACCUUGUCUCUGUACUACCUGGAAGAGAUGAAUCCAUCCCUGGACUCCACUCCCUGGCUCCCAGAUCUCUUGCGUCUUUACAACAUCCGCUUCGUCACUACAUCCGGGAUCGAAGUUCCUCGACAUUUCUUGCGUCACUGUGAGCUGAGGUACCUGGCCACGAUAGGUGCGAUGGAGGUAUUCGUAAGAGAGCCCCAAGAGGAUUAUGGAUAUUUUGACUUUACAUAUGUUCUGGGCGUUGUUUCAGGAGACCUGAAAGGCAUGCGAUGGGCUGUGUUAAAAACCACUCGGCUUUUUACCAAUAGGAUACUAUUUGCCAUAAAUCCAUCUUGUGAACUUGCGCACAAGGCUUUGUUCAAAAUUGUAAUUUCAGAUCACAACGCAAACGCUGGUCUCAUUCACAGGUUAACAUCCUUUGAACAGUUUGAAACAACAUGGUAUGUUAAUGGAAGAAAGGCUUCCGAAGAAAGAUUCUUUGCAGAUGUGAAAUUCGGUCGCAAUCCACCACUGCUAAUGUCAAGAGUUCUUUCCGAGAAAGCGGAGCGAAAUUUGUACUCUGCUCAAGUUGAAGUGGCCGAGGAGACUUGGAACCAAGUAUGUCAUCAUUUUUUAUUCUCCAUUAUGUAAUGCUUUUGGUCAUGGGGUGGGAGUGGGGUAGGAAUUUUUGUCCUCCUUCAUCCCUGAAAAACGUUUUUUCUGUACUGGUAAGUGUUUUUAGAAGGAAAUCCUCAGUCCAACCCAUAACCAUUUAAUCUAGCAUUUUUGACAGAAAAGGUAUCCUUCUCAUUUACCUUCCUUUGGAAAAUGCUACCCUUUUCACACAAUCACAUUUCUACUAACAGGAAGUCUUCUUCUUAUCAUUUUCAUGAUAAUGAUUUUAGAUACCUAAAUGACAAGUUCCCCUACCCCUUCAUAUACCUGAAUCCUUAAAAACUUACCCCUUUUGGGCGAAGUCUCUCUAGUCCAGGCUACAAGUAGGGAGUAUUAUAGAGGGUAUCUGCCUGGGUUUUAACGUUCCACUGUCUGGUUUAAAUCCAUUCAUCUCGCUAUCCAUACAAUAGGUACUGGGCAAUCUCCUUCCUAUUCAGCACAAAGUUUUCUUAACUUUUCUUCUUUGGGAAAACUUUUGUGUGUGUGUUAGCAGUCUCAUUUGCCCCCCAUAUGGUGAGUUCUUGUUAAACUAUGGUUACAAGCAAAACUUUUCAAACUUUAUUCCUGGGCUUUAGAUGAUCGACCACUACAUGCAACCCGAUGUCAAAUGUUAGGUUAUCAGUUUGGCGGGAAAUCGUAUGGCUACCCGCGUCUUAUGAAGCAAAGGCAACUAAAGAGUCAAUAUUAAAAAGACGAAAAAGGAAAAUGUUUCUGUGUGUUGUCUGAUAUAUCAAGCUUAGAUUAAUUGUCAUGCCCACAAUCUGGAAUAUAGAGAAAGGCGGAGAAAGAUGGAGAAAACAGAAAGUAGGGCGACAGGCCAGCAAAGCUCAACGAGGGAAAGAACUAGAGAGAGAGAGAAAAAAGCAAAGGAAACAUUUUUUGUUCGAGGAACAACGUGAAAUUUUGUUGCAGCGGUGAGAAAAUGAGAAAUGCUUGCUUCCACCAGAGUAAACAUGAGCGACGUGAAAAACAAAAAAAAAAUUGAACAAGUACACGUACAACAUUUCCUCCAUUUAACGGGUAACCAGGAAGUUUCUGGAAGUUUCACGUUGUAGUCGUGCAAAACAACGGCAAAAAAAAUGUAAAAAAACGUGUGCUGCACGUGCAAAUUGUUUUCUUGCAAAUAAGACCUAUUGCUGUUUUUUUCACCGUUCUCGUUUCCUAGAUUGAGCAAAAUAUAAAUGGUAUCGACGGCUUCGCUUUUAGCACUGGCUAAAUCUAUAUAACAAAAGUUAUUACAAAUUCAUAGAUAAAAAUCUAUUUAAAAUAUAUUAAAAGCCCUAGGCUUGGGUGAAAACUGUUCUAUACAAUGCUUUAAAAUGAUAAUAAUACUUGUCUUCUUAAUUUUUCCAAUCACAUUUGCAAUUUUUGCUCCGCUAAAAUCAGUGAGCCUCAUCAAUGAAUAAUACAUUUUUUUGUUUUAUUCCCCCACGCGUCAUAGCCAAGUAUGAAUCGUAAUAUAUCGAAAGUGGUCUAUUUUAUCCAUCCUCGCCAUAUUGUGUCGUUGCUGUGUCAUUCAGACCUUUUCUCAAUAUAUUGAAACCUUCGCUCAACUUGGUGGCCAGUUCUUGAUGUUUGAAUUUGCCUAAAUUCCGUCACACAGCUUUUUAAAGUCUCUCUAAGUACUUUUCAUUAACAGUAAGAAGUGAGAGUUCUUAGUCUUGAACUGUUGUAGUCCAAGCAAAACUCAACCUGACACGGAAACGACGUUGCUAACUUAAUCCUAUUUUGUUUUAGAACUUGUACAGAACCGAACACCUCCUCAUAAAAGUCACUUACCAUCCUUAUUGGAGAUGCUCCUUCCGUUCAACACCUGAUGACUCACGUGACCAGUCACGUGGAUGGCACUCUCUUACGAUACACCACGUGACGCCAAACCUGAUGAGCGUAGUGCUGCCUCCCGGAAAGCAUGAGGUCAUUUGCGAGUAUAAAAAUCCUUUUUAUCAGAAAGUCGGUUUUGGGUUCUUUAUUGUGCUUGUUCUUGCCAUGAUUACGCGGGAACUAUGCAAAUUUUUGAAAUCUGUAUAGCAUAGAUUUGACUGCUUUGUUUUGUUUUGUUGCGGUUACGUUUUUAUGACUGGCGGAUUUAUUAUGUGUUGUACAAGUUGGUCGUGUUAGUGACCUUUAGAUGUAGCUAGCCAAUAAGGACUAUUAGUAAUGGUUCGAAAUGGUAAUAGGACUGAGUAAAGUACUAUUCAGGAAAUAAUCAGGCUAGUAAUUUAAAAUCGGCCGAGCGCGUAGCGCGAGGACAAUAGGGACUUUAAGAUCCAACGACGAGGACGGCAA